GUCAACUAUGCAUGGCUGAGAAACACUGUCGCAAGCCUGCCUCUUGCGGGGAAGGAUCCAGUGUUAUCCAAGAGCUGGAGAAGGAAGAAGUGUGAGCAGGGAGAGGAAACGAGUGUGACCCUGUCUCUGUCACCUCCUCAGGUGAAUGGCAUACUAGAAAACUGGAUCUGGCAGCUGGUGGCCGCACUGAAGUCUCAGCUGGCGCAGCCAGUGAACGUGGGGCUGGUGGACUGGAUCACCCUGGCCCAAAACCACUACACCAUUGCCGUCAGCAACACGCGCCUCGUGGGCAAGGAGGUUGCGGCUCUUCUCCGGUGGCUGGAGGAAUCUGCUCAACUCUCUCGAAGCCAUGUUCAUCUAAUUGGCUACAGCCUGGGUGCACACGUGUCAGGAUUUGCCGGCAGUUCCAUCGGGGGGGCGCGCAAGAUCGGGAGAAUCACAGGGUUGGAUCCCGCAGGCCCUUUGUUUGAGGGAAGUUCCCCCAACGAUCGUCUUUCUCCAGAUGAUGCCGAUUUUGUGGAUGCCAUUCACACCUUUACCCGGGAGUACAUGGGCCUGAGUGUGGGCAUCAAACAGCCCAUCGGGCACUAUGACUUCUAUCCCAAUGGGGGCUCCUUCCAGCCUGGCUGCCACUUCCUAGAGCUCUACAGACACAUCGCCCAGCACGGCUUCAAUGCCAUCGCCCAGACUAUCAAAUGCUCCCACGAGCGAUCGGUGCACCUGUUCAUUGACUCCUUGCUGCACGCCGGCACGCAGAGCAUGGCCUACCUGUGCAGGGACAUGGACAGCUUCAGCCAGGGCCUGUGCCUGAGCUGCAAGAAAGGUCGCUGCAACACGCUGGGCUACCACGUCCGCCAGGAGCCGCAGAGCAAGAGCAAGAGGCUCUUCCUUGUGACACGAGCCCAGUCCCCCUUCAAAGUUUAUCAUUACAACUUCAAGAUCCAUUUCAUCAACCAAAGUGAGAAGCCAACACAAACAACUUUUACCAUGUCACUACUCGGAACAAAAGAGAAAAUGCAGAAAAUUCCCAUCACUCUGAACAAAGGAAUUGCUAGUAAUAAAACGUAUUCCUUUCUUAUCACGCUGGAAGUGGAUAUCGGUGAGCUGGUCAUGAUCAAGUUCAAGUGGGAAAGCAGCGCAGUGUGGGCCAAUGUGUGGAACACGGUCCAGACCAUCAUCCCGUGGGGCACAAGGCCCCACCACUCGGGCCUCCUUCUGAAGACGAUCAGAGUCAAGGCAGGAGAAACCCAGCAAAGAAUGACAUUUUGCUCAGAAAACACAGAUGAUCUACAACUUCGCCCAACUCAGGAGAAAAUCUUUGUGAAAUGUGAAUUAAAGUCUAAAAUAUCAAAGCAAAAGAUCAGAUGAGAUUUAAUGAAGACUCAGUGUAAAGAAUAAAUGAAUCUUAUUCCUUA